ACAUUGUCAAUAAAGUCAAAAGUCAUCACACUUUUACGGGUUUGGAUUAAGCUCUGCAACUCUAAUGACUUGGCGAUCGACACUUGCUAGGAACUUGAACAGGCUAAUUACACCAGGAGAUGUGGAAAUAGCAGAAUCAAUUGUUUGUUGAUUUGGUGGUCUUGGAAACUCAAGCAAGGAACUUCUUACCCUUUUUGAUACUAUCAAGAACUGGAAUUGCUAUUUGCACAAGCCUAGGUAUUUUUUCUAAUAAAAAUUUUCACUAGAUAGUGAUUACCCAUCACAGGUUUAAUCUCAAUGGUCCCUUCAUCAAAGUUCUUAAAGUAGAUUAAUGGGUGAUUUUUAUUUCCCUUAUAUGCCAUCAUCACCUUUGAUCUUUCCUUCAUCUUCUCAUGAAUCAAAUGACUCUACUAAUCAAAAUAUUUCCGCCUCCUCAGGCUCGGAGGCAAGUUCUAGUCAAAAUAUAUUCACCGCAUCUUCCCAUGCAUCAAAUGUCUUAUUUACUGAAAACCAAUCCAUUCCUUUAGGCUUUGGGGCAAGUCCUAGUCUUGAGGUGCUUAGUUUAACUAAACUUAGCUCAAAUUUGGAGCAGCAGUUGAUAGAUUCUAGUUGGGAUUAUUGUGAUGCUGAAAUUGUUGUUGAGGGACUCCCUGUUCCAAUUCAUCGCUUUAUUCUAGCUGCAAGGAGCAGGUUCUUCCAUGAAUUAUUUAAGAAAGAAAAGGGGCCUUUGGACAAGGAAGAGAAACCAAGGUAUUUAAUGAGUGAUCUAUUACCUCAUGGAAGGGUUGGAUAUGAAGCCCUCCAGGUUGUCUUGAACUACUUGUACGCUGGAAAACUCAAGCCAUCUCCCAUAGAGGUAUCAACUUGUGUUGAUGAUUUAUGUCAUCAUGAUGCCUGUAGACCUGCAAUUAAUUUUACAGUGGAAUUGUUGUAUGCUUCAUCCAUAUUUCUAGUACCAGAGCUGGUUUCACUUUUCCAGAGUCGCCUUGUUAACUUUGUCAAUAAGGCUUAUGUGGAGGAUGUAAUCCCAAUACUUUUGGUUGCAUUUCAUUGUCAAGCAAGUCAACUUGUUGCACAAUGUGUGAACAGAAUAGUGAGGUCGGAUCUUGAUAGUAUUUUGAUAGAGAAGGAUCUGCCAUAUCAAGUUUCAGAAGAAAUAAAAUUUCUACGCAAAGAGCUUACAUCUGACGAUGAACAGAAAAUGGAGGUUGUUGACCCUUUACGGGAAAUGAGAAUCAGGAGAAUAUACAAAGCAUUAGAUUUGGAUGAUAUUGAACAGGUAAAACUUGUCCUGGCUGAUUCUGAUGUAACAUUGGACGAUGCAAAUGCUCUUCAUUAUGCUGUUGCAUACUGUAGCCCCAAGAUUGUGGAUGAAGUACUUAGCCUUGGUCUUGCCAAUGUCAACCUUAGAAAUUCACAAGGUUACACAGUUCUCCACAUUGCAGCAUUGCAAAGAGAACCAUCAGUGAUAAUGUCUCUGCUGGCAAAAGGCGCUUGUGCUUCAGAUCUAACAUUGGAGGGGAGAAGUGCUGUUAGCAUCUGCCGAAGGUUGACUAGGCCAAAAGAUUGGCAUGCUAAAACAGUGCAGGGGCAGGAAGCAAGUAAAUUCAGACUCUGCAUAGAUGUUUUAGAGAGAGAAAGGCAGAGGAACCCCACAUCUACAGAUGUUUCUAUCACUUCCCUGACAUUGUUUGAUGAUCUGCACAGGAAGCUUCUGUACCUGGAAAACAGAGUGGCAUUGGCACGACUAUUAUUCCCUGUUGAAGCCAAAGUAACCAGGGAUAUCGCACAUGCUGAUGAGAAUUUGAAGGAGCUUGACUUAAAUGAGACACCAACUGCACAGAAAAAAAGACUUGUUUCUAGAUUGGAAGCCCUAGCAAAAACAGUGGGAUUGGCUCGACGGUUUUUCCCUACGUGCUAUGAAGUUCUUGAUAAAUUCUUGGAUCACCUUCCUGAUUUGUUUUACCUUGAAAGGGGCAGCCCUGAAGAACAGAGUUUAAGAAGGAGGCGCUUUUUAGAGCUCAAAGAGGAUUUAAUGAAGGCCUUUAAUAAGGACAGGGCUGAGUUUUAAAGUGCACAUGAAAAUGUCUAAUAAAAGCAUGAUGUUAGAUAUGGAAUUUUAGAGCUUUAAUUGAGAUUUCUUUCAAGAUUAUGCUCUAAUUGUAUAAUCUUAGCAAAGAGACUUAAACUUCAAAUACUCUAAAGCCAGUGGCAACUUAUCUUUAAGGAUCUGUUUGGAUAUGUAGUAUUUUUGAAUUUGAAAUUUAUAACAUAAACUUAAAUUUUUGGUAUGGUCUCCAA